AUGUCAAAUCUUACAAAGCUUGAAUUUGUGGCUCUUGAUAUUACCGGUAAGAACUAUCUAUCUUGGAUUCUAGAUGCUGAAAUUCAUUUAAAUGCUAUGGGUCUUGGAGACACAAUCAAAGAAGAAAAUAAAGCAUUCAAUCAAGAUAAGGCAAAAGCGAUGAUUUUCCUUCGCCACCAUCUUCAUAAAGGAUUAAAAAUUGAGUAUCUCACAAUAAAAGAUCCAGUCGAUCUUUGGAAAAGUCUAAAUGAGAGAUAUGACCACCAGAAAACACAAUAUCGUGAAAAAGGCUUUAAGAAAUACUCUGAACUGAUUUCAUGUCUCCUUGUGGCUAAAGAAAAUAACGAGCUAUUGAUGAAAAAUCAUGAAUCUCGACCAAUUGGUUCUACUCCAUUCCCUGAAGUGAAUGCGACAUCAUUUAGAAAUUCUGGCCGUGGUCUUGGUCGUAAUCGUGGUCGUAAUCAUGGUCGUAGAAAAGGUCGUCAUAAUUAUCGUAGUAUUGGUGGUUACACAAAUUAUUAUUCUAAUAAUAAGAAUACCCACCAGAAGUGGAUGAAUAGUGAAGAGAUACAUGAAAAAGAUAAAGGUGGACAAAGUAAAAGGAAUACAGAAAAUGUUUGUUAUCGAUGUGGCAUGAAAGGCCAUUGGUCACGAACUUGUCGUACACCAAAACAUCUUGUUGAACUUUAUCAAGCAUCACUAAAGGAUAAAGGAAAAAAUAUCGAAACAAAUUUUGUUGAAGAUGAUCGCCAAGUUGAUAUAACACACUUGGAUGUUACUGAUUUUUUUGCCCACCCUGAAGGACGGAUUGAUCAUUUGAUUGGUGAUGAAAAUCCCAAUAAUGAAAUUUCUUAA